AUGAAAUACAAAUAUGAGCUUACUAAAGUUGUAGAAGAAUUAGGAACCGGUGAAAUUUUGCUCAAAUGUGAUGGUCAGGGAAAAAGAUUUGAUAUUAAUCUGAUAAAACUAUUCUCGGAUGCUAUGAGCAUACCAGUGAUCGCAAGUAUUGGUGCAGGAAUUGCUCAACAUUGCUCACAUGUUUUUCAAAAGAAAAAGGCUUCAAUGCCUGAUGCAGGCAUUUUUCUUAAGAAAGAGGAAGAUUAA